CCCUCCACCACAAUAAAGCCUAUGCCUACAGCUGAGCAGAUCAGGGCCCUGAGUGAAAAAAUGUGGUCAAGACGUGCCUGCUGGUUCCAAGCUGAAAUUGUGGAACAUCUUCUUCGAUUUCCCGAACAUAAUCUCGUCGCUACUGCAGCAACUGGUACUGGAAAAACAUAUACAUUUUUCCUUCCGGCACUCUAUGAACAAUCUGGUGUUACCUUCAUUAUCAUCCCUCUAAAAAAACUGGCUCACCAACACCGCGAGAGUGCCGUCAAGUUAGGUUUGAGUGCGAUGACUUUGGAAGCUGAAACCAUCAGUAAAGAAGUAAUAAAUGAGAUAGCAGAAAUCAAAUAUAAAUAUGUUAUCCUUGGACCGGAUUUGCUGACCAGCGAACUCAUGAGGCUACUUUGGCGGAAUACAAAAUUUGUUUCCCAAAUCAACCGAAUCAUCGUUGAUGAGACACACUGCGUUACGCAAUGGUUAUCCUUCUGUUCUAAGUAUCAAGACCUUCGCUCAGUAUAUGCGCACCUUCGAUGCCGAUGCCAAUGGUAUCUUACGUCCGCAACCCUCGACACACGUACUUGCAGCAAAGUACUUUCUACAAUUAAUAUGGAUCCAUAUCAUAAUAAAGAGGGUGGGACUUACACAAAGUGGAUCCGCUGCUCGAAUGACCGUCCGAACCUACAUUACUGUGUAUGGCCGAUGGAAUACAGUAGACAAUCUUGCAAAGAUUUGGCGUUCCUUGUACCAUUGGGACUCAAAGAAUCCGACCCUAUACCGGAGCCGUUCUUCGUUUACUGCAACUCUCGAAACAAUGCGGAACAGUGCGCUACUUACCUGUGGUCUCGAGUGGAAGGAUCAUUGAAGAGGAGAAUAAUUUGGGUACAUUCCGGAAUGUCAGAUAAACACAAACAGAAAGCAGUAGAAACGUUCAGAAAUGGAAAACUUAUCGGAAUUACUGCAACAGAAACCUUGGGUUUGGGUUUCGACCUACCAAAUAUCACAAGACUGGUUCAAUUUGGCCCACCCGAUAAUCUGAGUACGCUUGCUCAGCGCUUUGGUCGUGCAGCAAGGGAUCCAGACACAACAGGCAUUGUGAUCCUUCUUGCACCACGGGAUUACUUUGAGGAAACCCGUCGCAAGCGAGAACAGAGGGCAAAGAAG